GCCAUUGUGUAGAGUCUAAGCUCUAUAGAGAGACAGGGGCACUUGGCUUAAAACUCUCUUAAAGACAUUUCCUACACCCUGCCGCAUUGGUUUAAAAAACGAAAUUAUAUACACAGGCUCCAGGGAGAAAGAAAUGUCAGCAAGCAGCCUUCUUGAACAGAGACCGAAAGGCCAAGGAAAUAAAGUGCAAAACGGAGCUGUUUCCCAAAAGGACGCUUUAAAUGAUGAUGAGUUUGAGCCUUACUUGAACACUCAGCCCAGACAGAGCAAUGCCUAUACGGCCAUGUCCGACUCCUACAUGCCCAGUUACUACAGCCCCUCCAUAGGAUUCACCUAUUCGUUGAAUGAAGCAGCAUGGUCAACUGGUGGCGACCCCCCUAUGCCUUACCUGGCCUCUUAUGGACAGCUCAGCAAUGGGGAGCACCAUUUCCUCCCAGAUGCUAUGUUUGGCCAAUCAGGGGCGCUAGGCAGCAACCCAUUCCUGGGACAGCACGGAUUCAACUUCUUCCCCAGUGGCAUCGACUUCUCAGCAUGGGGAAACAAUAGUUCUCAGGGACAAUCCACACAGAGCUCGGGUUACAGCAGCAGCUAUGCUUAUGCACCCAGCUCGCUCGGGGGUGCUAUGAUUGAUGGACAGUCUCCGUUUGCCGCCAACGAGCCACUCAACAAGGCCGUGGGUAUGAACAGCUUGGAUCAGAGCAUGGCGGGGCUAAAGAUUGGCGCUGGUGACAUGGCUCCAAAAGUGGUAGGCUCAGGCCUUCCUGGGGGCCCACUGAGUCAGGUUUCUGCUGCUCCCAGCAUGCCGCCUGUUUCCAUGGCCCCCACCAAGGCAGCAUCUUGGGCAGACAUCGCCAGCAAACCCGCCAAACCACAGCCCAAACUGAAAACCAAGGGAGGACUGAGUGGUGCGAACUUGCCCCCUCCACCCAUCAAACACAACAUGGAUAUUGGCACUUGGGACAAUAAAGGGAGUGUGCCCAAAGCAUCCACUCCUCAGCAGGCUGCCCUGCCCACCAAUGGACAGCCUCCCAAUCAGGCUUCUCCUCAACCAGGCACAACUGCUGGAGGGACGCCGCAGCUACCCCUCAGCAAUGGACAGCUGGUACCCCCCAGCGCUCAACUCGGACAACACCCCAUGCCCCCCAGUGGGCAACAGGGCAUAGUCCCACCCCAGCUCUCUCAAGUCCCUCCUCCCACUCAACCCUCACAGCCCAACCGCUGGGUACCCCCGCGCAACCGUACCAACGGCUUUGGGGAUGCAGGUGGGUCUGGACAGUCCCCGCCCAACUCAGGAGUGGGAGGGGUGAUGGUCUCCUCUGAGCCACACCCAGUGCUGGAGAAAUUGCGUCUUGUUAACAACUACAACCCCAAGGACUUUGACUGGAACCCUAAACAGGGUCGAGUGUUCAUCAUCAAGAGCUAUUCAGAGGAUGAUAUUCACCGCUCCAUCAAGUACAACAUCUGGUGCAGCACGGAACACGGCAACAAGCGUCUGGAUGCUGCUUACCGUUCGCUUGCUGGCAAAGGCCCCCUCUACCUACUCUUCAGCGUGAACGGCAGCGGGCACUUCUGUGGCGUGGCUGAGAUGCGCUCGCCCGUGGACUACAACACCUGUGCUGGCGUGUGGUCACAAGAUAAGUGGAAAGGCCGUUUUGACGUUCGCUGGAUCUUUGUAAAGGACGUUCCCAACAGCCAGCUUAGGCACAUUCGUCUGGAGAACAACGAGAACAAGCCAGUGACCAAUUCGCGUGACACACAGGAGGUGCCCUUGGAUAAGGCGCGGCAAGUGCUGAAGAUCAUUGCUGGUUACAAGCACACCACCUCCAUCUUUGACGACUUCUCGCACUACGAGAAACGUCAGGAGGAGGAGGAAAGUGUGAAAAAGGUGGAGGUCCAGGGCAGUGAUCCUUACUCCAGUAGCACCAGCAGGAGUCACUACAGACUGCAGGAUCGUCAAGGACGUGUCAAGUAACAGUCACAGCUUUUGGCAAAAGACUCUCAUGACUUUCUCCCUGCUCAACAUCCAUCUUUUCAAAAACCAUACUGGAGAAAGAUUUAACCAAGGAUUCAAAGCAAGAAAAAAAAUGAAAGAAAAGAAGCUAAAUGAAGACUCUCUAAGAUUCUGUUGACUUAAAAGACUUAUUUCGAACUUGUAGUAAAAGAAAAAGAAACGAUUAUUCAUAGGACUACAACAACUUAAUUCUAUAGGACCCUUAGGUGAACCCAUUUUUUGCCCCACUCCAUUCUGCUGCCUACUCUUUCUUCUGCUUUUCCUUUUUGUUUUUGUUUUCUCUAAUUUUUUUUUUAAAACAUCCUCUGUUUUUACAUUCAAGAGCAAGGCUUUGGUUCCGUCUCACUAAAACUUGGAGAGAAUUUUUUUUUAGUGUUGGAUUCUAGUGCCCUUUGAAUGAGCAAUCUGUUUCAUUUCUUUGUACCCCCUCCCCCUUCCACUGAAGAUGUAAUUAUUCAAUCAGGAUUCACAAUGGGGUGUCCUACUCGGUGGAUGUUGCAUCGUGGCUAAUUCAACAGUAGCAGUGCUGUGUCUUCGCCUUUCAAAACAAAAGAGAUAAGAAUGAAAAUAUUGUUGGGCUUUAUCCCUCCUUUAAAAAUAAGAGGAAACCGGAAACGAAUGUUCAGGGUUGACCUGAGUUUAUUUUUUAUUGUGUUUGUAAGAGGGGCUGGUGGACGGGACAGCAUGAGCUCAGUGCAGAAGAUUUGUUAAGUUAACCUUGGUCAUUGUAUGAUUCUUUUCUUUUAUAUAGUGUACAAACAGGGCUGUGAUUGAAUUGGUCAUAGCUUGUUUUUCCAUGUUUCCCUCCUCUUGGACAAGUUUGAAAAAAAAAAUGUUGCUAUGGGCUACUCUCUUCCCGUCAUUUUUUUUUGUUAUUCUUUAUCCGUUUCUAAAAGUCAGGAUCGACGCUCAAGCCCGUUCUUUCUAUUAAUCAGUUCAACGUAAUAAAUGUGGUAUCCUCAGCAGAAUGUGUGUGGCAUUCCCCUUGUUUUUAACAAACAUUCAUCAUACAGCACAUUUUUACUCUUUACUGGUUUUGUUCAUUGAAGAAUAAACAAGUGCUC